AUGGUGUUGUCGGAAAAGAAGCCUGGACUUGAAUCAGGUGCUGCGCUCAUGGUCCAUGGCCCUCAGGCACUGCAUAACCACAUCGCGACAACAUUCGAGUCUGCUAUGGGGCGAUCCCUGCCCCAAACGGAAGUACGCUUCAGCAAUUUGUCAAUCUCGGCCGACAUCGUCGUGGCAGAUGACGAUGCAGCACACCACGAACUCCCCUCGCUCUGGAAUACUGUCAAGAAGAAAGCUACCAAGCUCUCGUCCAAGAAGAAUGUCGUCCGUAAGGAGAUUCUCAAGAACGUCAGCGGAGUCUUCAAGCCAGGUACCAUCACUCUCGUCUUAGGACAACCUGGAUCUGGCAAGUCUUCGUUGAUGAAAGUUCUAAGUGGUCGGCUCCCUGUGGACAAGAACGUCACGGUGAAAGGUGUCGUGACGUACAAUGGCGAGCAGCAAGAAACCCUCUCAAAGCGUCUACCGCAGUUGGUGUCGUACGUACCACAACGCGACAAGCACUUCCCUUUACUGACCGUCAAGGAGACGCUCGAGUUUGCUCAUGAGUUCGCUGGUAAGAAGGUUAUUCACCAAGGUGAAAAACGCCUUACCAAUGGUUCAGCUGAGGAAAACGCGACUGCUUUGGACGUCUCUGAAGCUCUUUUUGAGCACUACCCGGACGUUGUGAUCCGCCAACUCGGUCUCGACAACUGCCAGGACACGAUCGUUGGGGACGUGAUGCAUCGUGGUGUGUCGGGUGGAGAGCGUAAGCGAGUCACGACUGGAGAAAUGGAGUUCGGGACAAAGACGGUGGUGUUCAUGGACGAGAUCAGCACCGGCUUGGACAGUGCUGCCACGUUCGAUAUCAUCAACACGCAGCGUAGUGUGGCCACUAAGAUGAACAAGACCGUCGUCAUCGCUCUGCUCCAGCCUGCCCCAGAGGUCUUUGAUCUCUUCGAUGACGUACUGAUCCUGAACGAAGGUGAUGUAAUGUAUCACGGACCUCGAGAAGAAGUAGAGGGUUAUUUCGCAUCGAUGGGGUUCGCUCGUCCUCCUGGACGCGACCUGGCCGACUACUUGCUGGAUCUUGGAACCAAUCAGCAACGUCAAUACCAGCAAUCUUUACCUGUCGGCGUUAACAACUUCCCACUUCUGCCCAGUGAGUUUGGCAGCAUUUUCCGACAGUCGAGAAUCCACCAGGAUAUGCUUCGUAAGCUGGAGGAACCUCACAAGCACGAAUUACUGAGUCACAAGGUUGAAGAUAUGGAUUCGGUUCCAGAGUAUCAACAAUCGUUCUGGGGGAACACAGCGUCACUCAUGCGUAGACAAGUGAUGCUGACGAUGAGGAACACGGCGUUUCUUCGUGGCCGGGCGAUCAUUAUCGUCGUCAUGGGGCUGAUCAAUGCGUCCACGUUCUGGGAUGUCGAUCCCAAGAACGUCCAGGUGAUGCUUGGCGUUCUGUUCCAGUCCAUCCUCUUCUUGGCUCUUGGUCAAGCUUCUCAGAUCCCGACGUUCAUGGCAGCACGAGACAUUUUCUACAAGCAACGCGGCGCCAAUUUCUACCGUUCGUCGGCGUACGUGCUGUCCUGCUCUGUCGCUCAGUUGCCACUUGCAGCGGGCGAAAGCUUGGUGUUCGGCACGCUGGUCUAUUGGCUCUGCGGCUUCGUGAGUUCUGCCGAGCAUUUCAUCAUCUUCAUGAUCCUCCUGAUCCUGACCAACAUGGCGUUUGCUGCUUGGUUCUUCUUCGUUACGGCCCUUGCCAGAGACAUUCACGUCUCGAAGCCUAUCGCCAUGAUCUCGAUCGUCUUUUUCAUUGUCUUCGCCGGCUUCGUCGUCUCGAAGGACCAAAUCCCGGACUAUUUCAUCUGGAUAUACUGGAUCGACCCCAUUUCUUGGUGUCUCCGGGCUAUGGCUGUCAACCAGUACCGCUCGUCCUCGUUUGAUGUGUGUGUGUACGACGGAACGGACUAUUGCGCGCAGUUUGGCAUGAACAUGGGUGAGUAUUACAUGUCACUGUUCGAUGUCUCCUCCGAGAAAUACUGGAUUGUGUGUGGUGCGAUCUUCAUGGUAGCAGCCUACACGGUGUUUAUGGGUCUUGGGUUUUUCGUACUCGAGUACAAGAGGUACGAAAGUCCCGAACAUGUGAUGAUAUCGAAGAAGGAGGUCGCGGAUGAGGACAGCUACGCACUCUUGGUAACACCCAAGGCAGGAUCCGUACCCAAAGACCAGGCAAUUGUCAACGUGAAGGAGCAGGAGAAGAGCUUCAUCCCGGUGACGCUGGCUUUUCAAGACUUGUGGUACUCUGUCAAAUCGCCAUCCAACCCGAAAGAAUCGCUCAAAUUGCUUAAGGGUAUCAGCGGGUUCGCUUUGCCAGGCUCCAUCACUGCACUCAUGGGCUCUUCUGGUGCUGGCAAGACGACGUUGAUGGACGUGAUUGCCGGUAGGAAGACGGAAGGAACCAUCAAAGGCAAGAUCUUGCUGAACGGAUACCAAGCGACCGACCUGGCUAUCCGACGUUCAACGGGGUACUGCGAGCAAAUGGAUGUUCAUUCCGAAGCCGCUACGUUCCGAGAAGCGCUCACGUUCAGCUCGUUCCUUCGUCAGGAUAGCAGUGUUCCCGACAGCAACAAGUACGACUCGGUUAACGAGUGUCUGGACCUUUUGGACAUGCACGGCAUCGCUGACCAGAUCAUUCGAGGGAGCUCCAUGGAGCAAAUGAAGCGCUUGACCAUCGGAGUGGAGCUGGCAGCACAGCCAAGUGUCAUUUUCCUGGACGAACCAACGAGUGGCUUGGAUGCACGUUCGGCCAAAAUGAUCAUGGACGGUGUUCGCAAGGUGGCUGACAGUGGCCGCACCAUCGUUUGUACGAUCCACCAGCCCUCGACGGAAGUGUUUCUACUGUUUGACAGUCUGUUGCUUCUGAAACGUGGUGGCGAGACGGUUUUCUUUGGUAACCUCGGUGCCAACUGCCAGCAUUUGAUUGAUUAUUUCGGGGGCAUUCCAGGCACCCCGGCGCUUCUGGAAGGGUACAACCCCGCUACAUGGAUGCUAGAAUGCAUCGGCGCUGGAGUGAACAACGCAACGAAUGAUGUCGACUUUGUCCAGUAUUUCAACGGCAGUGAGGAGAAGCGUGUCUUGGACUCGAAUCUGAACAAGGAAGGCGUCGCGUUUCCGUCUGCUGAUGUGCCAGAGAUGACGUUCAGUCGGAAGCGUGCUGCUUCGUCGUGGACGCAAGCUCGUUUCCUGGUCACUCGCUUCAUGCGAAUCUACUGGCGUACGCCUUCGUACAACAUCACGCGCUUUAUCAUCGCGCUGAUUCUAAGUCUCCUCUUCGGUCUAUUGUUCGUCGAUAUAGACUACACGAGCUACCAGGGACUCAACGGCGGCGUGGGGAUGAUCUUCUCGGUGGCUCUCUUCAACGGUAUCAUCUCGUUCAACAGUGUUCUACCCAUUACGUCGGAGGAGCGUGCGUCGUUCUACCGAGAACGCGCGUCCCAGAGCUACAACGCGCUCUGGUAUUUCCUGGGCUCCACAGUGGCUGAAAUUCCCUACAGCUUUGCCAGCGCCCUUCUCUUUGUGGUCAUUUGGUAUCCGAUGGCUGGCUUUACGGGAUUCGGCACGGCGGUCUUUUACUGGGUUAACGUGGGGCUCUUUAUACUGGUGCAGAUCUACAUGGGACAGUUCUUUGUGUAUUUGCUGCCGAGUAUUGAGGUCGCAGCGAUCAUGGGCGUGCUACUGAACUCGAUCUUCAUUUUGUUCAUGGGCUUCAACCCACCAGCGACGGAAAUACCCAGUGGCUACAAGUGGCUGUACGCUAUUACUCCUCACACUUACAGCGUCGGUAUCAUGGGUGCGUUGGUGUUCAGUGACUGCGACGACAUGCCGACGUGGGAUGACGUUGCGCAGCAAUACGUCGGCGGCGGAUCUCAACUCGGCUGUCAAUCGGUGACGAACACUCCGGUCAACAUCGACCACAUUACAGUCAAGGAAUACGUCGAGUCGGUCUUCAAACUCAAGCACGACGAUAUCUGGCGCAACUUUGGCAUCGUCUUGGUCUUCAUCGUCGUGUUCCGGGUGCUCACUUUGCUUUCGCUGCGCUUUAUCAACCACCAGAAAAGAUAA